CGACAAUCAAGAGUGAUAAAAAGAAUUGAAUUUGGAUCUCUUCGUUGUACUUAAAACGACGAACUGUCACAUCACAGCUCUUGGCAAGGAAAAAUGGAGUAUUCUUUUGAAGAUUCGAGGUAAGGAAUGAGCUACUGAUCUUGUCUUCUUUACUGGGUUUUUGUUUUUCUUUCUUUUCUGUUCCGUCUGCUUCGUUGAUUCAUUGAUGGAACAAAGCCAAGAAAAGAGGUUCGUUUGCAAAUUUUGCAACAAAAGGUUCCCUUGUGGGAAAUCAUUAGGUGGUCACAUAAGAACUCAUAUGAACAACGAGAAUUCUGCAGAAACUGAGGAAGAAUCGGCUGAGUUCCCCUUGAACAAGCUCAAGAGAUUUGCUGGUUUGAGGGAAAAUCCCAGGAAAACCAAGAGGUUCUCGGAUUCGAGCAAUGGCUCUUCGUUUAAAGGGAUGAUUUGUAAAGAAUGUGGUAAGGGUUUUAGAUCCAUGAAAGCUCUUUGCGGUCACAUGUCCUGCCAUUCCGACAAGGAGAGAGCUUAUCAUUUCGGCAACGGCGACAAACAUAAGCUGAUUAUAGAUAGUCAAUCCGACACCGAGACGUCGACUCCGAGUCGGAGGCGAUCGAAGAGGGUUAAGUAUAAGACGAUAGGUGUUCAGUCGAAUAAUUCGGACAAUUUGGGGAAUGGUUCUUCAUCUGUUUCGGAGAUAGUGCAAGAGCAGGAGGAGGUGGCGAUGUGUUUGAUGAUGUUGUCGAGGGAUUCCUGUUGUAAGAAAGGUCCAAAUUCGGUUGCCGAUUCUUCGGACAACAACUUGCUCUCGUUGGAAGAUAAAUCAUCGUCGAUCGAUGUGAGGAUCACCGUUAAGAAUGCCAUGAAAUGUGUUUCCAGCAAGAACAAGUUGAAGCAAUCUGCUGAAACUUGUUAUUCUUCAGAGAAUUCUGAUUCAGGGUAUUUCAGAAAUGGACCGAAGAAGGUGGAAUCGGACGAUUCCGUAGAUGAGUUUCGCGAUAACUUCGAGUCCAAGAAACCUAAAAUGGCGUCUGGAACAGGGUUUAAAAGCAAAUUCAAGUAUGAUUUAAGAAGAAAUGGAAAUAAUGUUUAUUACAGUCCUCAAAAGGGAGGCAAAUACGAGUGCUUAACCUGUAACAAGACCUUUGAUUCACAUAGGGCCCUAGGAGGACACCGAGCUAGCCAUAAGAAGGCGAAAGACUGCACAGAGUCGAUACACGAGAGUCGUGAAAAUAGCUUAGCCAGCGAUUCGUUUACGGCUCCGAUUAGUCAUAACAAAGUUACCAAGUCUAAGAGCCUUGGUGUUGCUAAAGGUUCAUCCAGCAAUGCCGAGAAAAUAUCGGGUUCAAAGAAGAACAAGGGCCACGAGUGUCCAUUUUGCUUCAGGGUUUUCAAGUCUGGCCAAGCCUUGGGAGGUCAUAAAAGGUCGCAUUUCGUCGGAGGAGGCUCGGAUGACAGAACAUUGGUGAUCAAACAAGACUCAACCGAGAUUCCGGCUCUAAUUGACCUAAACCUUCCUGCUCCGGUCGAGGAAGAUGCAGCAGGGAAUGCUGCUGGAUUCAUGGCUUGGUAGACUCGAAACACGACUUGGGGUCACCGGCCGCCUGUAUCGGUGUCCGACCGAUGGUUCUGCACCCGGAUUAAGUCUCGGCACGUGACACUUGCAAUCUGGGUUUGAUUUUUUCUAAGGGAACAAACUUUUGGGCAUAGGUUCCUCAUGAUGCAAGAGGUUUCAGAGAGCAUAGCCGAGUGAAUUUACC